AGGAUGCGCGAUGCAAAUGUGAGGAAUGACCUUAAAUCAAACUGAAAUGUCUACAUCAUCCAGCCGAUUAUAUAAUUGAAUAAAACAAUAAUUCCAUUCACCCCGCUUGUAGGAUACGAGGCAAUUACAACAAACUCGGCGCUGCGUACGUCGUUUGUUAUUUAUCACCUCGUAUAUAUCCUACGUGGGCUCAACAUUAACACUCAAACUUAUUUCCUAUUUGAAAGGGAUUGUGAGCACCACUGCUGUGACAGACCAGUACAUGCACAAGCAAUCAUGACACACCAACGGAUGGACAUUAUUUUGACACUAUUUGUAGUGUCAUUAAUGUUUCGCAGCAUUGCCAGUCAGCAGUGUAGAGGCGAUGUUUACUCGAUUUAUCAAAAGAUGCUGAAGGGCCACACUUUUAAGACGUUCCGGGCCAGGCCCCUCUCGAUCGACUGUAUAGAGGCAUGCACUUCUGACGUCAGAUGUCAGAGCUUUAACUACGUCAUGGCCAUUGGCAUCUGUGAGAUGAACAACAGAACCAAGAAUGCCACACCGAAAGACUUCGUCAACAAUGUUGAAAAAUAUUACAUGGAGAAGAGCCCCAGAGUUCCCCUCGGAUCCAUUCCUGAGCUACCUGCUGAUUCGUGUGCAGAGAUUAAGGCCAGUGAAGGAGCACAUACGGUCAGCGGUAAUUACUGGUUAGAUCCCGUGAGAUCGGGAAACUCCAUUGUCGCUCGUUGUGACAUGAGGACAGAAGGUAAGCUAACAAGGGAGCAGGGAUGGCGCAGUAUUCCUGACUUCUGCAUCAGACAUCGGUGCUUGAACAAUGCAACCUGUGUGAACCGUCAAAGACAGAAUGGGUUCAGGGAGCGAGAAUGGGUAGCUAUUCUUAGUUAUCUCACGAAGGAAUUAGCUGUUCAUUGCAUCCAAUCAUAUCACAAUUCAAUGACUAGGCAUAAAAAGGACAAAAAGGCGCUCAGGAGAAACAUGUUCUUGUCUUAUAGGAUUGUCUAUGUCAACCCGAGAGACGUUUUUUUUUUUCUCAUUUCCUUGGUUUUUUUUUUUCCAUUAGAUAUUAACGAAUGCAGAGACAGUCUACAUGAUUGCCAUGAUAACGCCACGUGUGCAAAUACCAAAGGCUCAUUCAUUUGUACCUGCAAAGAAGGAUUUCUUGGAGACGGGAAAGAGAGCUGCCGCGGUUAGUGUAACAAUAACUUAAAAUGCAUAAACGCAGACGAAUAGUACAAGUGAAUCCCAGAUUAUUUUUCAGUUUAACAUUGGUUCUUUUAUCCCUUUUAUGUUUCCUGGGAUACAAAAAAAGAAUCUAUAUUUAACUUUUACUUACCCUCAGCAGUGUUGUAGCUCAAGUGCUAGAGGGGCCGAGCAAACAGCUGAAACAAAUAAUUCAAACGUAACGCGCUAUCUCUUGUGUUUUGGAUCCAAUCUUUAAGUCAUGGGUUGCGUUCUUAAGAAUGUCUUUUCAGACCUACGGUAUCUGUUGUUUAUUUGCCAUAAAAGUUACGAAAAACUUUGUGAUAAAUCACGAGACAUAUUGGUGACAGCAACGACUUCAAGUUUAGCGAACCGAAGAAUGGAAUACGCCUACUACUUGACCGAUCACAGCGAACGUGGUACCUAAGACAAUUACUUAAAUUCAGAAUUGAAUAUUAAUUGAGACAGCUCCAAUUUUAUCCCAUUUAGAGAAAAACGCAUGCAAUUGCCAUAUCAACGCCACGUGUGAGAAUAUCAAAGGCUCACUCAACUGCACGUGCAAAGAAGGAUUGUUUGGAGACGGAAGAGACAGCUGUGAAGGUAUGUGCAUAAAACAAAUCAGAGGAAAACUAUAACUUGAAGGAUAACGUUUCUGGGAACUGAAUGUCAUGUUAUGGUUCCUCCGACCGCUAAGAUCAAUUGAAGCAGAAUUUGACUUUAAUUAUAUGCUAGUUCCACGAGCAUGCAAGAGGAAUUAAUUCCUGCGCUGUGAUUGGCCAUACAAGCGGGCAAGAUGGCGCUAUCUUGCCCG